UUUUCCCCUUCUGGGUAAGAGAAUUGCUUAUAGUUGAAAGGCAGGAAGUACCUGCACCCCUGCCCCGCCCCCCCAAAGGGCUGCAGGUCUAGGUCACAUGUGCUCACACGUGUACAGAGCCUGACUUUGAUAUCCCUGCACACAAAGGCCUGGACCCCUCGCACUAGUGCCUACAAACCAGCCUCCCUGAGCACAAGCCUCACUCCUCUCCCACCAUCUAUAUCCCAGGGAUUUCCCUCCCACCCAACUGAAGACAGUGGUAUAGUCCUGCUUGUCACCUGCCACCUGCUCCUGCCUUCCCCGUUUGCUGGAGGAAAGCUGUUGCCCUGUGGCUUUGAGUUGCUAGAGAGGGGUGCAGGGAAACUACAGUACCCCUGGAUAAGGGGGGGACAGGCUUACCCUCAGGCUUGCUCUGAAGGGGCAGGGGGAAGGCUGUACCCCCACCCCCAAGCCUAGGACAGGACAGGUGCAAGCUGCAGGGGAAAGGAGACAGAGUCUCUUCCGGCAGCAGGAAGUGGUAACCACCUAUGGGGAAACAAGGCUUGUUCCUCCCUAUGGGGUGGAGCAAAAGGGGAACCUUAGCUGAGCACUGCUGUCCCCCUCAGAGGGGGGCUGGAGGGAACAACGGCUGAGGUUCUAUCCUCUGGUGCUGACCUUCCUUCCCAGCCCACCCUGGGAACGUUGCACCCGGUUCUCCAGGCUCCUUGCACUUAUCCCUUAGGGCUGUGACUUGGGAAGGGUGGGCUCCAUCUUAAAACCCUAAGGUUCUGGGGGAAGCUGGUGACUCAAGGAAGUCCAGGGCCUGGAGCAGCUCCUAGCAUUGAGGGCCAGUGGCCAUGCUGUGAAGAGUGCUGUAUGGUGGUGGUGGCCAGGCAGCCUUUUAGAGGUGGCGGGUCAGCAGCCAGAGGGUGCCAGCUUGCUGGGCACUUUGGGGCUCUCACACUGGCCCUGGCUGCUUGGCAGGAGAGCUCUGGGCACAAGGCGGCCCAGGUGUGGCCUAGCGCCCAGCGGGAGGGGUGGCAAGGCCCCAGCUCAGUGGGACCCCUUCCCCCAGGCAUCCUUCGAGGGCAUUGCCAGGCCGGGGGUCGCCCCGCCCCGGGGCUGCGCUGGGGGCGGAGCUGGGCGGGGCUGGUGCAGGGUGCUGGCUGCGGAGCCCCAGGAACCCUGUGUAGUAGCAGCAGGGCUCGACGGCGCCGCUGCCCGGGCUGCCAUGGCCGCGCACGGGAAGCUGCGCCGGGAGCGGGGGCUACAGGCCGAGUAUGAGACGCAAAUAAAAGAGAUGCGCUCGCAGCUGAGUGAGCAAUUGCGCUGCCUGGAGCUGCAAGGGGAGCUGCGGCGGGAGCUGCUGCAGGAGCUGUCGGAGUUCAUGCGGCGCAGGGCCGAGGUGGAGCUAGAGUACUCCCGGGGCCUGGACAAGCUGGCCGAGCGCUUCUCCAGCCGAGGAGGCCGCCUGGGGGGCAGCAGCCGCGAGUAUCAAAGCUUCCGGAAGGAGCCGACCCUCCUCUCAUCCUUGCACUGCUGGGCCGUGUUGCUGCAGCAGACUCGGCAGCAGAGCCGGGACAGCGCGGCCCUCAGCGAGGUGCUGGCCGGGCCACUGGUCCAGCGCUUGAGUCACAUUGCGGAGGAUGUAGGGCGCAUAGUCAAGAAGAGUAAGGAUCUGGAGCAGCAGCUGCAGGAAGAGCUCCUGGAGGUGGUGUCUGAGCUUCAGACGGCCAAGAAGACAUACCAGGUGUAUCACACGGAGAGCAUGAAUGCCGAGGCCAAGCUCCGGGAAGCUGAGCGGCAGGAGGAGAAGCGGGCUGGCCGUAGUGCUGCUCCUGCCACGGCCACCACCCCCACUGAGGCAGGGCCCCUGCGCAAGACCUCUGUCAAGAAGGGAUCACGAGUGGUAGAAAAGCGUCAGGCCAAGUUCUUGGAGCACAAACUGAAGUGCACGAAGGCGCGCAACGAGUACCUGCUCAGCCUGGCCAGUGUCAACGCCGCAGUCAGCAACUACUACUUGUAUGACGUCUUGGACCUCAUGGACUGCUGUGACACAGGGUUCCACUUGGCCCUGGGGCAGGUGCUCCGGAGUUACACGGCUGCCGAGAGCCGCACCCAAGCCUCCCAGAUGCAGGGCCUGGGCAGCCUGGAGGAGGCGGUGGAGGCCCUAGAUCCUCCAGGGGACAAGGCCAAGGUGCUGGAGGUGCACUCGGUCGCCUUCUGCCCCCCGCAGCGUUUUGACUACCAGCCCCAUGAGGGGGAUGAGGUGGCUGAGAUCCAGGUGGAGGUGGAGCUGCGGGACGAGAUUCUGCCCAGAGCCCAGAAUAUCCAGAGCCGCCUGGACCGACAAACCAUAGAGACAGAGGAGGUGAACAAGACGCUGAAGGCCACACUGCAGGCCCUGCUGGAAGUGGUGGCAUUGGAAGAUGGGGACAUGCUUGACUCCUUCCAGGCCUGUCCCUCCACUGAGUCCCUCAAGUCCACCAGCUCGGACCCAGGUGCUCGGCAGGCGGGCCGGAGGCGGGGCCAACAGCAGGAGACCGAGACCUUCUACAUCACGAAACUCCAGGAGUACCUGAGUGGGCGGAGCAUCCUUGCCAAGCUGCAGGCCAAGCACGAGAAACUGCAGGAGGCCAUUCAGCGAGGUGACAAGGAGGAGCAGGAGGCGCCUUGCGCCCAGUACACACAGAGAAAAUUCCAGAAGAGCCGCCACCCCCGCCCCAGCUCCCAGUAUCAUCAUAAACUCUUCGGGGGAGACAUGGAGAAGUUUAUCCAGAGCUCAGGCCAGCCCGUGCCCCUGGUGGUGGAGAGCUGUGUCCGCUUCAUUAACCUCAACGGCCUGCAGCACGAGGGCAUCUUCCGGGUGUCGGGCGCCCAGCUGCGUAUCUCAGAGAUCCGUGAUGCUUUUGAGAGAGGGGAGGACCCCCUGGUGGAAGGCUGCUCGGCCUGCGACCUGGACUCGGUGGCAGGGGUCCUGAAGCUCUACUUUCGGAGCCUGGAUCCCCCGCUCUUCCCCCCGGACCUAUUCCUGGAGCUUCUGGCUUCUGCGGAGCUGGAGGCCAUGGAGGAGCGGGUGGAGCUGGUGAGCCGCCUUCUGACACAGCUGCCGGGCCCAGUGCUGGUGGUGCUGCGCUACCUCUUCACCUUCCUCAGCCACCUGGCCCAGUAUAGCGAUGAGAACAUGAUGGACCCUUACAACCUGGCCGUGUGCUUUGGGCCGACGCUGCUGCCCGUGCCCCCUGGGCAGGACCCCGUGGCCUUGCAGGGCCAGGUGAACCAGCUGGUGCAGACGCUCAUUGUGCAGCCCGCACGGGUUUUCCCACCCCUCACCCUGCUGCCGGGCCCUGUCUAUGAGAAGUGCAUGGCACCGCCUUCCGCCAGCUGCCUGGGGGACACCCAGGUUGAGGGACUGGCAGGCGAGAACGAGCCGGAGCUGGAAGCUGGGACCCCAGCCCAGGAGGAUGUCCUGGAGGGCGUCGUGGAGGCGGUGGCCUGCUUUUCCUACACGGGCCGCACGGCCAAGGAGCUGACCUUUCAGCGUGGGGACGUGCUGCGGCUGCACGAGCGGGCCUCGGACGACUGGUGGCGGGGCGAGUAUGCUGGCACCUGCGGGCUCAUUCCGCACAAGUACAUCACGCUGCCUGAGGGAGCAGAGAAGCACGCUAUGGGCCCAGAGCUGCAGGCUGGGGAGCUGCUGAGCAGUGCGGAGGGCCUCCCGGCUGUGGAGGUCACCCAGCGGCCAGAACUAUGUACCCCAUCCGGGGGCUCUUUUGGGCACAGACGGCACUGUUUGGUCCCAACCUCCCCAGAUCGACAUGUGGAGAUGGAUAAGGCUGUGGCGCAGACCAUGGACUCCGUCUUUAAGGAGCUCUUGGGAAAGACUACCAUCCGCCAGGGCCUGGGGCCAGCAUCCACCAACUCUCCCAGCCCCGGGCCCCGCAGCCCGAAGCUUCUAGGCUGUGGCCGCCUGGGCAAGAACAAAGGCUUCUCCCGCAGCCCUGGGGCGCCGGCCUCACCCUCAUCCUCAUCAUCCCAACCCCCGGGCCUGGACUCACCCCUCAAGCCACACUGAGGUGCUGCUGGCUCCUCAGCACACCCCCCCCUCACCCUAAGGGUUGCCAGCAAGACCCUCCUCCCUCCCCAGGCCCUUUGCUUCUCCCUGGCCCUGUCCAGCAAGCACAGAGCACCUGCUCUUGACCCUUUGCGGAAAGAAGGACACGGCUGCCCAACCGAGCCCCUGCCUGCCCCAGCCCUGGCUUAGGCCCCUUUGGGACGCAGCCAGUGGAGGCUGGGGGCAGUCCCUCCCCAGCUUGCCUGUGAGGGCUCAUCAGUGGCUGUUGGGUGGUGGGUGCCCUUGCUCAGAUGAGCAGGCCUGCCAGUGCCCAGGCCCUUCUCUGCUUCAACCGAGGGCACAAGACUGGCGGGGGUUGGCAGGCCUGGCAGCCAUUCAUAAAGACUUGAGCAUUGACUCCC